AUGGCCCCCGUUGUCUCCACUCUCAAACGUCAAAGCCAUCCUCUUUUUAGCCAAUCCCCCUUUGACAUUACCAACAUUCUUGACCCAAUCAUCCCACCUGGUUCCAGUUAUGGCCAGCUCCUAUUUGAUUCUACUCUCACAUUUCUUGACUCCAAAACCGGUGAAGAAAUAAAUAUGAAGACUUGGCUCCAAGGGUACGGAUCUUCCGCUAGCUUACUUCUCUUAGACAAAAUCUAUCUACUAUCUGGGUGUGUCAUUGCACCCAACAUCAAGUCCCACCCUGUCUUCUAUUAUGAACAAGACAUGACACUGCCUAUGGGGGACACCAAAGGAUAUCAGGUAUCUUUAGCCAACAAAGCCAGUUUCUACGGCUUCGGUGUCAUCGUUUCAAAAAUCAAAGUGGAUGAUACCCCGAGUCCGAACUCUCAGUUCAAAAAUCUUUCUUGUGCUCAGGUUUCUUUCCAUGUACGUUACAAAGUAGCUGGGAGCCGUAAUCUGGCCAAGACUUUCGGACUAUUCCAAAUAGGCUGGGAGAUGCUCUUGUCUGUUUACUUUGUCAAGUACUUGGUUCCUGAUAAAAUGCUUGAGGUCAACGUAUUAUUGGUAUCCCUAUCAUCUGGUUACAAUCCUUUGGCCGCCACGGACACCUCAACCUCUGUCAAAAAUUUUGGCCGCCGCAAGCCUGUGCAGAUUUAUUUCUCUGAUCAUGAACCGGUUUCUCCUAUGCCUGUGGCUGGAACCAGUUCAAGCGUCAUUGAAAAUCACACCACUGGUACCAUGUCCCAAGACCCAAAUAAUGGUGCCAAUGGAAUAAUUCAGUCACCGUCCUCUGGGGCCACAGACAUAUUGCCUAAAAAGCGCAAAUACACAAAGAAACCCAAGGCUGUUGAAAGUCCAGCGCCAUCCAAAGAUGCGUAG